UUAACAGGAUCACAUGAUAAACAAAGCACGUACGAGAGUAGUGUCAUUUUUUGGUCAGCUGUUGCAACAUGAUGAAACCACUAAUACGUCCGAAGCUAGCCGAAGCGCGGAACUCACAUAUACGUGGUUUGCGGUACCUCUUCCAUUCUUGCUGCUUGUGAGAAGAGUUUUCAAGACAAGUGGCACAAAUGGUCUAUGCUUUAAAAAUAUCUAAUUUAUACAGUGUUGUUGAUAUUAUUUAUCAAUGUAAAAAGACUGAAUAAAAAAAAUGUAUAUCACGAUCGACGAUGAAGAGUUUGUGCCGAGACAUUUUGCCAUGUGCGAAUUUUAUGGCGUGGAAACAUGUUUUUGUUGGAAUGUUGACAAGCUCAUCAUUUUUCCCUAUACGAUGGACAGCUCAAUGGCGCGAGAUGUACAAAUUCUGUCGACACCAGGUCCUGUCAAGAAAAUGAAAUUCUUUGACAAUCGAGCCUUCUUGAUUUGCAUGCCGCAGGGAGCCUAUAAAUUGUCACGAAGUGGCGGAUUUGCUCGUUUAAGUAAGAACGCUUUGGACAUAGCUGCUGAAUACUUUCAAGUUUUUACCGUCUUAAUGAAUGGCAUCUAUAUCGACGACAAAAGUACCAAAGUUUCUAAGUUAUUGUUUACCAUCGAUCCAAAUGCGACUGAGGAGAUAUGCACCUUCCCUCUAAUCUUAAAAGAUACCGAGAUGUGCUUUGUAAAUUGUUUUACGGUUGGCUGGAAAACAGAGAAGAAUCUGUGCAUAAUUGCACACAAUAGAAGAUUGUUUGUAUUAAAGGAAGAUACUGUACAAUUGGUUUAUACUAGUAAUAAUACUAUUAUGGAAAUUAUACCCAUAAAACGGCAUGACAAGACAGCAGGUCUAUUGCUUAUCACAGAUAUGGACAAGGUAAUCUUGAUACAUGCUAAAGAUAAUAAUCUAGUCUUCGAGAAGAUACAUUUGAAGAGAAAAAUGAAAAGUAUUUCUGCAUUCUGCGCUGGCUUUAAUCCACAAAAUGAAAAUGUUUUAUGGAUCCUGUACUGUGAUCAAUCCCAGAUAUAUUAUGUAAGAAAAGAACUCUUUACUGAUGUAGUUCAAGAAACAAGAGGGAAGGAAAGGACAUUUAGCUGUAUACAGCGCUACAAUUCAAAUGUGAUAUUAGGUUUGUCACAAAAAGAGUUGGUUGAACUUUUUCUUGAAGAGUUCGAAAAUUCUUUAGUAAUUAAUAAUAAUAUUAACCUUGAUACUAGCAUGUUUAAAAAAACUGAUUUUAUUAUGGAACAAGUUUGUGCAAAAGUAAAGGAAUUAGAUAUACUUAAUAAAAGGUUGCUGGAUGAACAAGAUAAACUAAGGAGAAUAAAUCUGUAUGCUUCUAAACAAAAGUUUCAAGUAAAGCCUGAAAUUGAGGUAUCCAGAUUGUGUAAUAAUAAUUAUCUUAUUUUAAAUAUCUCUGAAAAAUUACCUAAGAAUAGUCAUGUAGCACUUUCUUUUCAUUCUAAAAAUCACAAUACGUUUUGCAUGAAAAAAGUUACAGAAAAGAUGUUUAAUGUAAAAAUGCCUAUCAACAAAAAAAUAUUAAGCUCUUCCAUUAUCAACAUAGAUUUGAUUACAUUAAUAAAUGAAUAUCACCCAUGGUGCCUUAUACAAAACUUUAUUAAUUGUCCGUCACAAGAUGUUAAGAAAAAAAGAACAUCAAAGAAAGAUAAAACUGCAUUCAUAAAUGCUAAAAUAGCAGUAUUGCAAAAUUUAAUAACAGAAAAAAAAGACUUGAAUAUGACAAGAUUAAAUGAAAUUAAGAAAAUUAUACGACAAUUUAGCUAA